CUCUCAUGAUUCAGGAAUCAAGUUCUGCCUCCUGGCUACCCCUCCACACCUCUUGCUGAAUGGGGCUAAAUCUGGGUUUCCCAUUGAGGGUAACUUGGGGGAGACCUCAGGCCAGGGCUGCCUCUUAUCUUCCUUCAGAGCCAACAGCACCCAGGAUGGCAACUACACUCCAGCUUCCAGGGCACCAGGAGGAGAUGCCGCUGACCUUCCAGGAUGUGGCUGUGUACUUCUCUCAGGCAGAAGGGCAGCAACUGGGCCCCCAGCAGCGUGCACUGUACAGGGACGUGAUGCUGGAGAACUACGGGAACAUGGCCUCCCUGGGAUUUCCUGUCCCUAAGCCAGAGCUGAUCUCCCAGCUGGAACAAGGGGAGGAGCUGUGGAUCCUGGAUCUUCUGGGAGCUGAGGAAUCAGAGGUCUUGAAAAGCUUUCAGAAAGAUUCUGAGAUUGGGAAUGAGAAGGAACUAUCCAUUCUAAACCAGAAAUGUUCUGAAGUAAGAACUCCAGAAUUUACAUCAAGAAGAUUCUUAAGGGGCAAUCCACAGGUACCUGAGUUUCAGGAAUCUUGGGACCAUGAGGUGAAACUAGAAGAGCACCUGGGAAAUACUGUUGGGCAGAGUUUGAAGAAACCGCAUCUUCACAAAGGAGUUUUUUCAGAAGCUAUUGUGGAUAGAGAAAGAUCUUCUGGAGAAAGAACCCAGGAAUGUGGUGCUUUUGAUAGAAACUUGACUCUGAACCAAAGUGUUAUUAGAUUUCAAAGACAUAAAACAGGAGAGAGAGUCUUUAAAUGUGAUGUAUGCAGCAAAACCUUCAAAUAUAAUUCAGACCUAAGCAGACAUCAAAGAAGUCACACUGGGGAAAAGCCUUAUCAAUGUGGCUGGUGUGGGCGAGCCUUUACUCACAGCUCAAACCUUGUUCUGCACCGUCAAGUUCACAUUGGAAGUAAACCAUUUAAAUGUGAUGAAUGUGGUAAAACUUUUGGGCUCAAUUCCCACCUCCGUCUCCAUCAGAGAAUUCACACUGGAGAAAAACCUUUUGGGUGUGGUGUAUGUGGGAAGGCCUUCAGUCGAAGCUCCAGUCUUAUUCAACAUCGUAUAAUUCACACAGGAGAGAAACCUUACAAAUGUAAUGAAUGUGGAAAAGCCUUUACCCAGAGCCCUCAGUUAACUCAGCAUCAGAGAAUUCACACUGGAGAAAAGCCCCAUGCAUGCAGUCAGUGUGGGAAGGCCUUUAGUCGAAGUUCAAGCCUUAUUCAGCAUCAGAGAAUUCACACUGGAGAAAAGCCCCAUAAAUGCAAUCAAUGUGGGAAGGCCUUCAGUCAAAGCUCAAGUCUUUUUCUCCAUCAUAGGGUUCAUACUGGAGAGAAACCCUAUGUAUGUAAUGAAUGUGGCAGAGCCUUUGGUUUUAACUCUCACCUUACUGAACACAUAAGGAUUCACACGGGAGAAAAACCCUAUGUUUGUAAUGAGUGUGGCAAAGCCUUUAGUAGGAGUUCCACUCUUGUUCAGCAUCGAAGAAUUCACACCGGAGAGAAGCCUUUUCAGUGCACUGAAUGUGGGAAAGCUUUCAACCAGAGCUCCCAACUCACCCUACACCAGCGAGUUCACACUGGAGAGAAACCCUAUGAAUGUGCUGACUGUGGGAAGGCCUUCAGCCGGAGGUCAACCCUCACUCAACAUCAGAGAAUUCACAAUGGAGAGAAUCCUCGCAAAUGCAGAAAAUGUGGUCCAGCCUUUGUUCAUAGCUCCAGCCUUAUACCAGAUGGACGGAUUCCCACUGAGAGAAACGUGGCAGGGCCUUCAGCCACAAUGCAAACCUCAUUCUGCAUCGGACAGUUCAUGCUGGUGAGAAAUUCUUUGGAUGUAAUGAUUAUGGAAAAACUUUCAGUCCCACCUCACAACCCAUUGAAGAUCAAAAGAUCCAUGCUGGAGAAAAGCUCUAUAAAUGUCAAGAAUGUGGAAAAGUCUUCAGUGGGGGUUCAACCCUUAUUCAACAUCAGGUAACUCACACUGGUGGGAAACUGUAUCAUUGCACUGUAUGCAGAAAAGUCUUCAGCUGGAGCUCACAACUCACUCUACAUCAGCAGACUCAUGUUGGAGAGAAACCUUUAGAUGACCAAUCUGAAAAAGACUUUAUUAAUAUAAAAAAUAUUUUCCAAGAAAGACAUUCUUAAUGUGAUAAAUGUGGGAAACAAUUGUUCAUUUUACAUUGGAUAGGAUGGCAUAAUGAAAGUUAAAGAGGAACGUCUAAAUAUUACUAGCUAAGCAAAAUAAGCAUCUUGGAUGACUUUUAAAGUCAUUAAAUUUGAAACUAAAUGUGAGAGUAUUCAUUAUGGAAAUUAAGGCUGUCUGUGUAAAGGUUACUGCUUUGCUCAGAAAUUG